AUGUUAGUCGAUUUGAUUACGGUUACCAGCACUGAUGGAAUGAACCUGGACGGCGCUUUUUUCGAACCCGCUCCCGGUGUCAGCCCCAAGGGCCCGGUGGAUGCCUUGCUGCUUAUCCACGGUUCCGGCGGAAACUUCUACCGGCCCGCCACCAAGGCCAUGGCCGAAGACCUGCGCAACCAGGGCUACGCCUGCCUGGCCUUGAACACCAAGGGCCACGACACCAUUUGGGCUCCCCAGGGAUCGGGCAUGUACUACGGCAAUGCCAUGGAAAUUGUGGACAACAGCCGACACGAUCUCCGGGCCGGUAUAGACUACCUGUGGGACAAAGGCUACCGCAGUAUCGGCUUGCUGGGACACAGCAUGGGCGCCGUAAAAGUAGGCUACUACGCUGCCACCGAGGACGAUGACCGGUUGGUUACGGUAAUCCCCAUUUCGCCGGUGCGCCUCUCCUAUUCCUACUACAUGGAAUCGGAGAAUGCAGAGGAGUUCAAGAGCAUCAUUGAACAGGCCGACCAGAUGGAAGCAGAGGAUCGGGCCCAGGAAUUGAUGGAAGUCAGGUUCCCCAUCGCCCAGAUGUUCAGCGCCUUUUCUUACCUGGACAAGCACGGGCCCGCCGAGCGAUACAACCUGGUGUCACUGGCUCCCAGGGUCAGGAUUCCCAUGCUGGUGUUGGGAGGCGAACUGGAAACCCACACCCGCCUGCGCGAUUGCCCGCAGGACAUGGUAACGGCGUCGGUGAACAGUCCGCGCGCUGAGUACCACAUAGUCCCGGGAGGCGACCAUUCACUUAUGAACAGCGCCGACAAAGCCUCGGCCGCGGUGCUGGACUGGCUGGCUUCCCUGGCCCCGGUAACGGCGGGGGUGUAG